AUGCAUACUGGGAACAACGCGUCCAGGUACCCCAGUAUAUGGCCGAAUCCGCGUUCAAGUCAGACCGCCGUCGAUGAUGCCAAAACGGCUCAGUUCCUAAAUUCCCUCGAGGAGCCUGAUGCAGCAUCGCAGCUGCCGGCAUUCAUCCGUCCACUGCCAGGCAAGAUUGCUGCUGAGGAUGUGAACUACUUACACGUGAAGGGAGCUCUCACACUUCCCAGUCUCCCGCUACAGAAUGCGCUCUUACGCGCCUAUGUGGAGUUUGUCCAUCCUUACAUGCCCUUAAUAGAGUUACACGAUUUUCUCAGUGCCAUCAACUCGGUGGACGGACUAUACGGCCAAAUCAGCUUAUUCUUGUAUCAUGCCGUCAUGUUUGCGGGGACGGCUUACAUCGAUGUCAAGUAUUUGAAGGAAGCGGGCUACGCCAACAGAAAAGCUGCCCGCAAGGUUUUCUUUCAGAAGGCGAGAUUACUGUACGAUUUCGAUUAUGAGAGCGACCGACUCAUACUCGUUCAAAGCUUGUUGCUCAUGACAUAUUGGUAUGAAACGCCAGACGACCAGAAAGACACCUGGCACUGGAUGGGCGUUGCCAUCUCACUAGCUCACACCAUUGGCCUUCAUCGAAACCCUGCCAAUACCAAUAUGUCUCUUCGCAAACAGAAGCUCUGGAAGAGAAUAUGGUGGUCUUGCUUCAUGCGGGAUCGCUUGAUUGCGCUGGGUAUGCGUCGACCCAUGAGGAUUCAGGACGAGGAUUUCGAUGUGCCCAUGUUAGAAGAGAGCGACUUUGAGAUUGGGCCUCUAGCAGAUGACGUGCAGGUGAUCAAUCAUGACUGCACACUGGUCCGUGACGUUUUGAUGCAGCAAGAACUUGCCUUGAUGUGCAUAGCAAAAGCCAAACUCUGCAUGUGCAUCAGUCAGAUGUUGACAGCGCAAUACUCGGUCCUCGUCCGCGAUAGAUCGAGACCGAAUGCGACCAACAGCACCAUGAUGCUCCACCCCAAAAAGCAACUUGACAACGUCGAAAACGUCACGGCGUGUGAUUUGUCGCUCGGGGCCUGGAUUGAAUCUCUGCCACCGUGUUGUCAGUACCGAGCACUUACGCCGCUCGACAACAAAGACGGUGCUAAAACUAUAGCUGUUCAGAGGAAUUUGCUACACAUGGUCUAUUACACCACCAUCUCGGCUCUCCACCGCCCCCAGUUCUUACAUUCCUCCCCCGUGCAGGCCCCGACAGCGUCGAGACAGGCCCAGGAGCUGUCACGCAUGAAAGUGCGAGACGCCGCCAUGAACAUCACCCGUAUGGUAUCAGAACUACACCAUCUCCAUCUCCACAGAUACCUUCCAACCACCGGGGUGACUGUGAUUUUACCGGCCAUGAUCAUUCAUCUGCUUGAGAUGAAAAACCCGGUUCCGCAAGCCCGGGAUAACGCCGUCCGGGGGUUCCGGCAGUGCAUGAAGGUGAUGGAGAAACUGCGCGACAUUUACGCUGCAGCUGAUUAUGCUGUCGCAUUCCUCGACGCGGCACUUCGGAAAGCCGCCAUUGACCUGCAUGCUGCUCAGAGUGCGACAGCUGGAGCAUCUGGGGCAGAUAAGGCAAUGUCCCUCUUCCCAGCUUCUGUGAUGGUCAACUCCACACCGCCGCCGGAGAAUGCGCCUUACAUGACUCAGCCCGAGGCCGAGUUGGUCACCGGUAGCCAUGUGUAUGUGCCGCCGACUGAUUUGGUGGCGGGCAACUCGCCGCCUCAAACCGACAAGGAUGGCGUGACGCCAAGUGCGAGCGGUUCAAGCGAUACAGCACCUGGAGCCAUCGAUCUGGACAUGGACUUCAAUGGUGACGAUCAAGACGAAUUUGACUGGAACGCGCUAACUGGUACCAAUAUUGAUUUUGACCAGUGGCUGCAUUUUCCUCCAGGCGAAGCUGGCGGCGCGAAGAACACGGACGUGACAGAGCCGACAUUCUUGGGUAUAUUAGGCGACGGGACUAUGGCACAACCCGUGCAGUCAUGA